AUGGACAAAAAAAGAAAGUUCUCCUACAAGUCGUAUCCAGUCACACACGUCCUGAAGGUGCAAGAACGGGCAAAGAAGUACGCAGAGCCAAUCGACAGACUCAAUGAGGAGCUGCUUGGCGUCUACGACCGCGUGGUUCUCGACCAGGCUGAGAAGAUGCUUCGUGAAGAGGUCUUUCAGAAGCUGAAGAGUGUCCUGGAACGAGAGUUUGCUGAAAACAGUAUCAAAGUUGAGAAAUAUGGCUCAUUUAUGACUGAUAUGAUGGUAGGGAAGUCGGACAUCGACGUGACUGUGCUCUAUGAGCAAGAAGGCGACCUGAAGUAUCGAACAGCAAAUGACGUCCUUAGGGAGAUCUUCAAGGUGCUCCUGAAGCACGACUUCUGCGAUGGUGAGAUCAUUCACCUGAAGAAGGCGCGUAUUCCAAUUCUAAAGUGCACUGAUAAAAAGUACAAAAUAAAAAUAGAUAUCAGCGUAAAUCAAAAAGACGGAUUGGUAUCAGGGGAGUUUAUGAAGAAGAAAAAGGAAGAGAUUCGUGACAUCGAGUACAUGGCUGUCCUACUGAAGUAUUUCAUGAAGAGAAGAUGCCUGAGUGAGACACACAGUGGUGGCUUGAGUGCGUAUGCUCAGUUUCUGCUCAUUCUCAACUUCCUACAGCUUCAUCCUCUGACUGAAUCAUCCAGCAUCAAACAGAAUCUGGGCGCGUUUAUGAUGGACUUCUUCAUGUACUACGCGCAUAUCGACUUCAGAAGAGCAGUUGUGAACGUGAAGGAUGGGAAGUACAGGAAGAAUGAGUCUGGAUUCUGCAUAUUCAUAGACGAUCCGAUAUGCGACGACUUCAGCAACGUGACACCAAAUUGCAGUCAAAUUGGCAGAAUUCAGGAUUUGUUCAGGAAAUGCUACAAGACGAUGGCAGAGGCAUUGAAGUCGCGCGUAGACAGAAGAAUCCUCAACGACAUCUGGUUCAAGUUCAACCAGAAGGAGUUGCAGCAGAGAAGCGACAACGUGAAACUGUACAAGAAAAAGAAGAAUGUCUGA